CAUGCCACUAAUUUCGAUUAUACGGUUCCUGAUAUCUUUUAUUAUAUGCGAAAUGUAACAUUGAAAUUACUAGUUUUUUUAUUAAAGAUUAAUGCACUUUAGAAGUUCGCUUUUCAAAGCUAUUUAUAUUAUAAUUUCAAACAAUUUUUUCAUAUAUAUUUUAUUGAGAAAUUCUUUUCAAUUAAUUAUUUAUUAAUAAUUAUCACAAAGAAUAUUUCAAUUUUAAAAAGAAUAUAUAAAGACAUAGAGAAUAAUUCGAGAUAUUACAUAAAAUUUUUCUGUUUUUUAAUAUAUAAAAACUGUUUACGAUACAUAUUUGUGUAUAUUUAUCUGUAUGUAUAUUUUAAUAAUUAAAAAACUAUGUUUAAUUUUAAUUAUUAUCCAUAUAAAUAUGAAAAUAAUAUGAAAAUUUCUUAAUUUCUAUUAAUAUACAUUACAUUCUUACAUUCUAAGAAAGGAAUUAAUUGUAAAAAUAUAAUUCUUGCGAUAUCAAUAUUACAGAGUUUUACUCUUUGUGGUGUUAUGUUGUAGUUUUCAUUCUCAACCACUUUAUAACUUUCCCCUUUCUCCUACCCUUUUCUCCAUAGUACAGUAUGCUUCCAAGGAAAACUCUCAAGUAUGAGAAAAGUUGUCGGCUAUAUUUCAUGGUCGGCGAAGGAAGAGAAAGGAAUGGGGAAAGAUCCGGUGUCAUCUUCGCUGCUCGUUAAUACUUUCCGUGAUUUAUCGAGAUUCCCCGAGUGAGUAAUGACCGACUUCUAGUAAAUUUUUAAUAUUAAAUUCUCUAUUCAACUAUGAUAUAUAUAUAUAUGUAUAGAAUGAUGAAAAUUUUUCUUAUAUACGUAUAUUAACUAUUUCUCGUUUCGUUCUUUUUAAAGUUACAGCUACAAAAUUGCGACCAAUUGAAGGAAUAUCAUUGAAACUCAGAAAUCAGAUAAAUAUCUACACGCUUAAAAGAAGAAAUUAUCCGAGUUGACUCCUUUCUAAUCGAAAUUUAUUCGAACGACUGAAACAAGCGACCUCUAAGCGAUCGUUUAACAACGUUUGACGAUCUAUAAGCGGCAAGUGCAAGGUGCACUGAUCGUGAUUGUGGCGAAGGGCUGGUUACACAAAAGGUGGAACACUCGAGGUCGAAGUGCGGAAAGCGAGGCAUGCAUAUUCAAACGCGGGAGGCGCAGACGUAGUCAUAGGAAUAAUAAAAAUUCGAGGGUUGAAAUUAUUUAGAUUUAUGCCCGCUCUCUUGUUCCGGUGCCGGGCGGUGACGAGAAGCGAUUCGAUUCCGGGGAACAAAUUUCAUGCAUUAUUCAGGACUCGCCGCAAUGCACCCCAGUCAAUGGAACCGAUCCUUUGGAAAAAGUCGUUUUUAAUCUCUCGUCGCGUUCCAAUAAUGCACAUGCACCACCCGCUCACCUCUUCCCCCCUCCCCCUCUACAUUCGAUCCCCCGCUGCCCCCGUUCCGCUUUCACCCCUUUACCCCGAGUGAAAGCCGUGUUUUCUGCCUUUAAACCGAACGACAGUUCGAACCCGAACAAUAAAUCGGGGGGGAGGGGAUCUAUCGGUAUCUAUCCCCUGUGAAUGUGCGCCACGUACUCUCAGUUUAGAGUUCCGCAAUUUAUUUUCCACCUCGGUGUUCAUAAUCGUUGGAUCCGAUCGUUUCAGGGAACCAACCGUCAAACCGAAAUGCAAAAGCUGCUGACGGAGCAGCUAGAGAUUUUCUGCUUAAUAUUCACCCUUUCUCUUUCUUCCUUUCACUCUUUCACUCUUCCUAUAUGUAUGCAAUGUAUGUAAUGUUGGAGCGCAAGUGUCGCACGAAAUGUUUCCCCCCCACGGCUUAUCUCUUGUUAUUGAAGAGAUUCUUCUUAACUUGCUUCGUGAAGAGUUUCACGAGUGUAAAUGAUGCAUAAAUUUGUCUCCGAGUUGAAGAAAGAAAAGAAAAAAUCGUACAAAUUUUUAUAGUUAUCUCCAAUCUGUUGUGUAUCUAGUUUAUUUUUCAUAAGUUUCGUUCAAUUCUGUAUUUAUGAAAUUAUCUAACUCGAUGUUAAAAUUUCGUUACUUUUCAUGAAUCUCCAAUUCAAAAUUGUUAAAAAGCGAUCGAUCAUAGAGAAUAAAAAUGGACACAUUAUCGGAGUAAAUCGGUGAAUGUAAAGUAAAAAUGAUGAAUAACGAAACGAAUUCACGAAUAUAUGUUUUAAACCGUAUUCAAUUUUCAAUCAUUGUCGCAUAAUAAAACAGUUUUGACCCCAAAAUGCUAUCCAACUAUUUUUCGCUUCUCUGGGGAGCGCUGUUCUUUCAUAGUCAGAUCAAUAGGAAAUUAUUGUUUGUUUCUUUACUCGUUGCGCUCUUAAUUAAUCAUUCCACAGAGAAUGGCUUGUAAUCGCCUUACGAUGGAUUAAUGGAUCUGCCAGUUGUCACGGAGGUAGAUUCUGUUUCAUUAUUUUUAUCUUCACGAUCGAGAUGCACGCUCGAGCACGGUUUUUUCGUAGUUCUUUCUCCGUGCACAAAACACAAUGGAGAACGGUUCUUAUUCUUGCGAUUGUUUCAGUGAUCUUCCUGUCAAUGGACGGGAUUUAAUAACGAGCCAGAAUGAAAAUCGAUACAUCGAUUUCGAACGAGGAAUCUUCGCGAGAUCUCAGCUUUUCUGGAGUGGGAGACUCGGAUGAUAAAUAUCCCGUUAAAAAGGUAUACACGGUUUCAGGAGCGGAAAAGCCGUUCAUCGAAGUGAACAAAGAGGAGCUACCGAUCACGCGCUACAAAUUAGUCGAAGCACCUGUUAAGAGAGUCGGAUCGAAUGAUGUCAUUGUGAUUCCAGAGUCGAGCCGCAAAAUAGCGAAAAUUGAUAGGAGCAACAAGGUGAAGUGAUCUUGAUGCUUCGUUAAUCACGAUACCACGUUUGAAAUUGACGAUUUAAAUUUAGUAUGUAAAAUAAUUUUGGGGAAGAAUAUCAUUUAUACGAUACGAAAUUACUAAUCGUUCGUUUUCUUCACAAGGAAAAAACGAAUAAUCUGAUUUUAAAUUUAUUACGAUAUUUAUUAACAUAAACUUGAUUCUCUGAUAAAUAUAUUAUUCAUAAUAUAAAAUUUCAUCUAUACUGUAUACAAUUGACAAUCUUCUUGCAAACGAUCUUCUCUGUUUCGUCAAUUAUAUAAAAUUUCCUUCGAGGUCUUUCAAAUAUUCGUUAUUAAAAAAACAUCAGAAAGCAACGUUUAAUUUUCCAAUAAAUAAAAUUUCCAAUGGAGGGGGCGUCGCAUCUUCGUUCGUUUAAUCGCGCGCGAACAUCGGCCACGAAAUUUUCCAUUCAACUUUUCCUUUGCAAAUGAGACGGCGGAUCGAUAUCUCCCGUCACAGAUUUGCCCUCGUCCCUAAAAGCCACGUAUCUCUUGUCAUUCCGCGCACACACAUCGGGGACUCGGUGUUCCCCUAAUUGUCCUCUGUCAACGGCCGCGUCAAAGAGAGGCCUGUCGACUGCACGAGGAGAGGCGAAACUAGCGUCUCGAUCGACGAGGAAGGAGAGGAGAC